AUGGGCUGGGAAUGCCUGCCCUUCGAGCUGCACCGCAAGAUCCUACAGAUCCUAAUCCAUGACGAGCUCGAGUCAAAACUUGUGGCCGAGUACGCCGUUGUUUGCAGGUCAUGGCAGGCACAAGUCGAGGAGAUCAACUUUCAGAAGCUGGCAGUCAACCAGGAUGACCUCACCUUGCUGGAGCAGAUCGUCACCGGGCCCCGACAGACAUAUCUCAGGCAUAUACGGCUCAAUGUUGAGCUGCCCAAGUACACCAACUCGCUACGCUACGUUCCAGAGAACGAGCAUGAGCAGGAGACCAAUAAUUUCAGGUUCACCGUGGCGCUGUUCGAGACGUUUGAGCUGCUGGCACUCUGGGACACGCCCGACUUCUGGGCCGCCAGGAAUGGUCGUGGCCUGGAUCUCGAGCUAUGUGCCUAUUCACCUUCUGACAAAAAACACCGCCUGGGUGAGCGGAGUGUGGAUGCGGACGGCAACUCGAGAUUCCUUGACUCCCUGUUGGAUUUUCAUCUCUUGGCUCUUGAAGAACCGGACGGACCUCACGGCCUGCCGCUGGUCAACGUUGUAACGGGUCUCUUCGUCCUCCGCCGUAGUUACCGUAACAUUUCAGCAGCGGCACUCACGCCUGUCAUACGGUCUCUUCCCAACCUCCAGGAACUCCGCCUUGAAUCCUGGAUGCAAAUUGAAAGCCGGAUGCAAGAAGACGUUGACAGUGGUUUGUACCCUCGCCCCCCUCUCCCCCGGGCGGCGCACGCGCUCCUCAAGAGGACGUUACUUCUCUUUGAGCAUUUUGGCGCCUGGGCCGCCAUGAUCACUCCUGGCGUCAACAGGACACGCCAUUCAUAUCCGUACGUCUCUCAACAAAUACGGCAGUUCAGCACCGAAGUCGAAGAGAUGAGCUGCUCCUUUAUAGUGGACGCAGUGGUGUUCUUCGAGCAAUUUUCUCGAGCCGGUCGAAACUUGCAGCUGCCCAGCCUGCGUCUGAAACCUCCUUACUGGCCGAACCUCCGCUGGCUCACCCUGACCUGUUACGGUUUUUGCCAUGCGACCGAUCCCGACAGGAUCAAUGACGUCCUCUUCUCUGCGGCGAAGGGCGCAAAAAACAUGCCCAAGCUGUUGCACAUGGAGAUUUACAACGUGAACCAGCACUGCGCCGCCGUGUUUCGGUAUCUGGUCAUCAAGAACACGGCCCUCAUCAGCUGGACCAGCACCUUCGACUUCAAAUUGGACGGGACGGUCAAGACCCUGUGGAAGCAAGUGGGUCACCAAUCCACGCGCAAGGAACCGAUCGUGUUCGGCGAGGUGAGGAUGGCCAAUUACGGGACCAUCAGGCAGGAGGGCUUCAUACACUCGGAGCUGGCAACGAGGGAAUUGGUGCUGCAUCGAGAAUCAAGCACAGAUUUGAUGGAGGGUCGGCCUUUUCCCGAUUCGGUGCUGCCAUUGCAGAAUCUGCCGCCGAUCGUGCUUCCCUCAACGGAGACUUGA